AUCAAAGUUUCCAGUAGAGGAAGAAGCCUUGAGCUGAAGGACAUGCGUCUUGACUGGUGAAGGGCUCCAUCUGGGUGACCUUUCUCUCUGUGUUGUUACAGAGACCAGUUCUUCAAAUUGAGGCUGUCCAAAGGAAUAACUGGACAAUAUUUGACCGAUGAAAUGAUCCAAGAACGACUGAAGGACUGCAUGAAAGAGUCCUAAGAGAGUUGCAGUGUGUUAAACAAGAAGAUCCUAAACCAAAGGGCUACAAACACAGCAACCAACAUCUCUGUGAAGACGAUCAAAAGACCAGCUGACACUUUCCUUGAUUUCAUCACAAAGCUCGAUGGUUUGACUGAACAUGUGUCGUAAAGAAAGGUCAACACAUAAGUGAAGAUGAACCCUUAUGUCACUUCACACUUCAGGAGGGAUCUCUUUCCCCAUUUCCAUUUAUUGUAGAUGUUUUUUUCCCUGUUAUCUGAAUGAAAUGGCUCCUUCUAUAUUUGUACAGUUAGACGCGUAGCUCGUCAGUUUCUUUUAGUUCCCUUUGUACUCCACGUGGUUCAGGGGUUUAGGGUUUGUUUCUGUUUUCGGUUCCAAAGAGGAUGCUUUGUAUACUUGACAGGACAGUUAAGGUUUCUGGAAAUUGUUUGGAAAGGUAAAUACUAACUCUAAAGGCAUACCUUAUAGUUCACGGAUAUAUUUGCACAUAUCUCAGAUAGUAUUUAUGGUGCACUUAUUAUUCUCACUUUUUGUUUUGAAAUUGCAUCUGCAUAGGAUAAUCUUCUUUUAUUCCUUUUGGUUUGUGUAAACUCCCUGAUGAUCAGGUAGCCUUUUGUGAUCACAUUCAAACAGAGAUGAUGAGUAAGAAACUAAAACCCACAAACCGAAUUACGCUCUCAGCCACUUUAGCUCUGAGACCUUCUCACCUGAUCUAUCUGCUUUGGAGACGGACCUCCAGAAAAAUAUAGAAAACUUUCUCAGGUGACCUGUGCAUUUGUGUUUUUUUUUUUAUAUGAAUACAUUUUCCACUUAAAGCUAAAAGACAAGUAGUGUUGGAGAUCAAAAAAACUCUUGUCUUUUCUUUUCCUCCCUGCUUACUUUUGUCAGGCAGGUGAUUUCUCAGCCGUAAUGCUGAACUGUAACAAGGUAUGUCUGGUCUGAGGAACUGUUGCAGGUUAUUGCUAUCAGCCAUGUAGUUCAGGUCAAUAUUAUUCAGUUUCUAAAACAAGCCUUCAACAAAUUUGACGAUAUUUGCCCAACAAACAGAAAUGCAGACCCUUAAAAAAGAAAUGACAAGUUGUUGAGGCUUUGGCAUAAUCCAACAGGAGAUGGCAAUCACAUCAUUCUUUCAGUUGGGACCCUCUUUUGGGGCAAAGGUGACCAGUGAAACUUAACCAAUAUUGGCAGUGAAUUCAGUUAAUAUUUAUGAACAAUGAUGACAGUAGGCGUGAUGUUCUGAAAGAUCUGUUUUCUUUGUUUCUUCUUGCCCGUACCAAGGGUUUGUGAGACUGGAGAGAACUUUGAGCGUAAGAAUUGGCAUGUUUUUUUGUUUUUUGUUUUCUUUUGGUGCAUGUUGUAAAUUAUUUAUCAUAUCGUCCGUUAAUUUUGAGCAUUUGUCUGUCUUGGAUGCAUCUUGUCAUUAUGUUAUAGAAGAUACCCGUUAACAAGCUGUAUGUCUUCUACAUGUCUCCAUCCUUCUUGUCCAUUGCAUUAUCAGUUUAUAGUUUGUAUCUAUAGAUCCAUGCUCACGGCUUCCCUUUGAUAGUUUUGAACUAAAUACAACCAAUUUUGCAUGCUUCUAUGUCGUCUGUUGAGGUCAGUCCAGCCCGACUACUCCUUGUCAAACCAUUUUUUCCAAACUUGGGGUCACAGAAAUGGACUCUUUGGGCGGCUGCUGACAUCAUUCUUUUCAGCUCAACUUCCUCAGUGAGAUUAACUUGAGGACAUUGUUUAAUGAAUGCACCCGUGGAGCAUCUUGAAGAAAGCUCACUUUAUAGGCUGAGGGAACAAUCACUGAAAACACAAUCUACUGGGAACUGAAACAUUGAAAGUGUGGAAAGUAAGUGACUGAUCAGCGGCCUGUGAGGAAAUUAUCCUCUGGUUCCCAUUGGCCAUGAUGGACUUACAAUUAUCUCUUCAUUAACAAGGACUGAAAGACUUCCUGUGUUGUUGGCAUUACAAACCUAGUGAACUAACCAAGGUGCUUGGUUGCCACAUUGCCAAUCAAAUCAAGGCACACUGAGGAAUACAGUUAGCAGAAGCAGACAUUAUAUUUUAUGAUGGGUGCGGCACGUGUGAAACGCCGCUUCAGUGCUGUGGUAGAUGGGCCAGUGGAGGAAGAGGAGAUCAUGAGGCUGGCACAGAGUGCUGCAGACACGGCUUGGGCAGGGGGGAGUCCAACGGGCACAGAGACCCCAACCAGUCCCUCGCCUACUCAUGCCCUGAACGGAAAAACUCUACCUCUUCAGACCAACACCAACAAUGCACGCAGGCAGAGUACCAUUGGAGUUGGGGGAGAAGCAGGAGAAGGCAGGGUGAGAGCAGGAGGAAUGUGCUCCGGGCUGAGGAGUGCAAGAGGCAGUAGUGUAGGAGGAAGAGGAAAAGGCCGAUCAUCCCCAGACCAGGAUUCACUCUCUUCCCCCUCCACUACCAAACGCCGGCGACCCCGCCGCUCGAGCCGCUGGCCCCGGCAGCGCUUUGUUGGCAAGGACGGACGCUGCAACGUCACCUUCGUCAACAUGAGCGAGAGGGGCCAGCGCUACCUGAGCGAUCUCUUCACCACCUGUGUGGACAUCCGCUGGCGCUGGAUGCUGAUCAUCUUCACCCUCUCCUUCCUUCUCUCCUGGCUGCUCUUUGGAUUUGCCUUCUGGCUGAUCGCCAUUGUGCAUGGGGACCUCUCCAUCCGGCUUAGCCCCAGCUCUAGUUCUUCUCCGGGAUCGGGAGAGGCCGGGCCUGGAGGAGAGCCUGGUGGAGAGAAAGUGGUUGAGGAGCCGUGCUUCCUGCAAGUGAACAGCUUCAUGGCGGCCUUUCUAUUCUCCUUGGAGACGCAGACAUCCAUCGGUUAUGGAUUCAGGAGCGUGACCGAAGAAUGUCCCCUGGCGGUGAUGGCGGUCGUUUUGCAGUGCAUUGUGGGCUGCAUUAUUGACGCCUUCAUCAUCGGGGCGGUCAUGGCAAAGAUUGCUAAGCCCAAGAAGCGCAACGAGACACUGAUCUUCUCUGACACAGCUGUGGUGGCGCUGAGGGACGGGAAACUGUGCAUGAUGUGGAGGGUCGGAAACCUACGCAAGAGCCACCUGGUAGAGGCACAUGUUCGAGCACAACUACUGAAGCCAAGGGUGACAGAAGAGGGAGAGUUCCUCCCAUUGGAUAACAUGGACAUCAACGUGGGUUUUGACACUGGCACCGACCGCAUCUUCUUGGUUUCGCCGGUGACAAUUGUCCAUGAGAUCAACGACGAGUCCCCCUUCUUUGAGAUUGACCGAAAAACCCUGGAGAUCGACUCUGAAUUGGAGGUGGUGGUUAUACUCGAGGGUAUGGUGGAGGCCACCGCCAUGACCACACAGUGCCGGAGCUCCUAUCUGGCUUCUGAAAUACUCUGGGGACACAGAUUCGAACCAGUGCUUUUUGAGAGGAAGGACUGCUACCAGGUGGACUACUCGUUCUUCCAUCGGACAUAUGAAAUCCCAAACACCCCUUCGUGCAGUGCUAAAGAGCUGGCCGAGCAGAAGUACAUUCGAAGCUCACGCGCGUCAUUCUGCUAUGAGAACGAAGUGGCUCUCCAGCUCGUCUCCCCCGAUGACGAGCCUGGCAAAGACCCCGACUGUCCCACCACAGCGACCCGAAGGCAAUCCCUGGCAGAACAACUCCACUACAACUGAACCUGUGCAAUAGGAGCUCUAACGUUAAAAGAGAGGAGGUUUAGAGGCAAAAAGAGGAAGGAAUAGGCAGGUACCGCUGGGCAGACAAAGUGACACCCAAUUUAAGUAGAUACGGCCAGUGUCCAGAUAAAGGAUAGGACGCAGUAUUGUUUAUAGUGAUAAGACAGGAAAGAAAGUCCAGAAUAGGAGCAAGUCAUGAGACCUAUUUAAAAGUAUUUCUAUGCAGAUUGCAGCGAUAGAUACAUGGAAAUUGACUUAUUUUGGGUCAGUCCUCCUCUCUGGCGAAUGGUUACUCCACAGACUAGUGUUGUCUGAUUGGUCCUGGCAAUUUUUCAAGAUCAUUGAAAACUCUCUGCUAAAGUCUCACUUCUGGCCCAUCGCUACCACAACACACUCAUCCGGCUCUACUGUAAGU